CACACCCAAUAUGAGCGACUCCAAGCUCUCUCCUUUGCUCGGUGCUCGGAACAUCUGUUUGCACAUAUGGCCCAGCCACGGCGAUGUUGUCUCGUUCGACGUCUCUUCGACUGCUGCCUUGCUCUACCUCCAGCUCACCGUCCCUGGCCACUUCUCCGUCACCCAUUGCGCCAACCCAGACCUGUCCCCCAGCGGUCAAUUGCCCUUUUUGACCCAUGGUCUGCAUCACGUCUCCGGUCUGUCCGCAAUCAUCGCCUACGUCCGCAAGCUCCGUAAUGCGCAUAACCUCGAUGGGCACCUCACUUCUGUGCAAACCGCACAACUGACCGCGCGCAUCGCACACGUGGAGUCCAGCUAUGGAGACCUUGUGAACCAUAUGCUCUACUCGCUCCAAGAAAACUGGUCUAGCGUGACCGCACCCGCUCUGGUUUCCAUGCUUCCCGUGCCUCAGCGCUACUACGUCCCCUCGCGCGUACGCAAGUCGCACAAGCCUAGGUUAGAGGCAGCUGGGCUUUGGCACGUUCCGGAGGUGGAAGGUGAGCCGGAAGAGCCCAGACGGGUCCUGGGACGUCGCAAGAAGCAGCAUGCUCCGAACGAGGCCCACAAGUUCAAAACCGCGUUCGAGCGAGAGAAUGUAGUGGAGAAGGCGCGGGCGGUGUUCGAUGUCUACGACAGGCUUCUUGGAGACCACCAGUUCUUCACGGGGAGCGAAACCCCCACGACACUAGACGUCGUCUUCGCCGCGCACACCCACCUGCUGCUAAACCUUCCCUUCCCAGAUCCACUCGUCAGCUCCGUCCUCACCGGAUCCUAUCCCCGCCUCGCCGCGCACCACGCAGCCGUCCUGCGCAUCGCGCUCCCCGACCCCGCGCACUUCCCUCCCGUAGUUCAAAAGAGCUGGUCGUAUUCUCUGCGCUACCUCAUCCCAUGGCCGCGCGCGCCGCCGCGGCGCAAAUCGCCUUCGACCGUCCUCGCGAACGCGCCCGAGGUGCAGAAGGAGGAAUGGCGGUACCGGCUCUGGCGCUGGGGCUUCAUCGGCGCGUCGGUGCUGAUCGCGGCGGCGUACAUACAGUUCGCGGCGAUCACGAUUGUCAUCCAGGACGGGAGUGCACGUGCACGAUUGCCUCUUCGUGGAGGACCCCCGCCCGAUGAUGUGGAGGAAGCAGAGGCGGCGGAAGGGGAAGAGGAGGAGGAAGAGGGAGCGGAAGCGGAAGAGACAGAGGAGGAGGAAGAGGCAGAGUGA